UUUCCGUGCCAUACAUUGAAUUUAAUAUUGAACUUAAUUGUUGGAACACUCAGCCUCAGAUAAAAACUACCUUUGAACACAUUGAAAUGAAAUCUCAUUGAGGUUUUAAAUUUGAUUUUAUUAAGUUAUUUGAUAAGUUAUUUCGAGGAAAAUGGGCGGGUCAUGCUCGGCGGAAGAGGAUGAUGUGGACUCCCCGUUGAGUGCUGACGAUCGUAAGCUGAUCAGGACCACGUGGUCGCCCUUGUACCGAGACUGGGAGGGCACGCACGGCCCGGCCUUUUUUGUCAGGUUGUUCAUGCGGCACGCAGACGUCCGGUCAAGGUUUGCCUCUCUAACGGACCUUUCGGAAGAGGAGCUGCCGGGGAGCCCCGUCCUCCGCGCGCACGUGCUCGUGUUUGGCGCCACGGUGAACACGUGGGUGGAAAAGCUACACGAGGCGGACACGCUCGUGGCACUUGUGCAGAAAAACACAGACAGUCACGUGGUGCGAGGGGUGAAGGACGUGCCACUGUUUAAGGCAGCACUCGUCGAGUUGCUAAGCUACGCAAGUGAGACGUUCAGUUUCAACCAGCCGCAGGUAGAUGCCUGGACCCGAGUUGCUGACCUCAUAGUGUCUGUCAUGGAACAGCGGAUAGACGAUCUUAAAUGA